UUCUUUUGCUCAAACUCAAAAUUUAAUGUAUUUAUUCAGUGAUGCCAUUUACGGCCCAUACCGUUUCAGUACCUUGGACAGAGAAAGAACAAUCCCUCUUGUUUUACUUUUUGUUGUUGUUUUUUUUUCUCUAUUUAUAUUUUCGUUUUGAAUAUAAGUAUAUCUCCUUCAUUCACUUUAGAUCAAGUAUUUGUUUUUGGAACAUAUCGUGCUAUUUAGUACCGCACAAUAAAACAGAAACAGUUGUCUCUGUUGGAUGGUAGUUUAUUCAGUGACCAUACAGGAAACAACAGAGGAAACUGUAUUUUUCUCUUUAACUCGUGUAGUUUCAUGUUGUGAACUCAGUGCGUCGCUGUUGAUCCAGCGUCCUAACGUUUUAUGACACAUUUGUACUAGAACACCACCCUGUCUUCUCACAAGCGAGAAGGACUCCGAAACAUAAACGCACUGUCACCGGUGGAUGCAGCACAGUGCAUGGAAUAUCAAGCUGGAAUAAUUUUACCAUCAGUUGUUGAUUGAUUAAACUGACACUUUGGGGAUUUUAUUUGCACCAAUACCGCUAAUAUCAAAAGAGAGGAGUAAACGUUAGUUUGUUUCGACGGAUAUGUCUGACAGAACAAUGAGACGGCAAGUACUGUUGUUUUUUUCGGUCCUCUGUCUCAGUUCAGCGUUUGGCCAGGUCAGCUACUCUAUUCCCGAGGAAAUGGCCAAAGGCUCCUUGGUCGGUAACAUAGCUCAUGAUUUAGGUCUGGAAGUUAAACGGCUUCUAGCGCGUAGAGCUCGUAUUCACACGGGAGACAGCGCCGAAUACAUACAGCUUAACAAGGAAAAAGGACUCCUCAUUAUCAAAGAGAGGAUAGACCGCGAGGCUCUCUGUGGCCAGACAACGCCUUGCGCUUUGCAUUUCCAGAUUGCUUUAGAAAGCCCGAUUGAAAUAUUCCCGAUUACUGUUGAAAUCACAGAUAUCAAUGACAACGCUCCUACAUUCCAAAAGGAAGAGAAAAACAUUGAAAUCAGCGAGUCUGCGGUCAUCGGCUCUAAAUUCAUGCUAGAGAAUGCAAUAGAUCCUGAUAUCGGGCUGAAUGGUCUUCAGAGCUAUACACUGAAGCCCAAUGAUAAUUUUAUAAUUAAAUUACAUAGUCAAUCUGAUGGUUUUAAAAAGGUAGAGAUGAUUUUACAAAAACCUCUGGAUAGAGAGAAACAGGAGUUUACAUCAUUACUGUUGACGGCUGUAGAUGGAGGAGAGCCGCAAAGGUCUGGCACUAUGCAGAUCCAUAUUACUGUGCUAGACGUGAAUGACAACGCUCCUGUUUUUACGCAAACUGUAUACAAAGCAAGUGUGAAAGAAAAUUCCCUCAAAGGAACAAUCAUUACCAAAGUGAGUGCCUCCGAUGCAGACAAAGGCUCGAAUGGAGAGGUUAGCUACAAGAUCAGCACUAGCAUGAUUGGCACUUCAAAGUUGUUCGAAAUAACUGAAGAUGGGCAUCUUAUAUUAGAGGGGCCCAUUGAUUUUGAAAAAGCCAGGAAUUAUGAAAUUUAUAUAGAAGCAGUUGAUCGAGGAGGUCUGUCUGAUUCAAGCAAAGUAAUCAUUGAUGUAGGUGACAUUAAUGACAAUAGCCCCGUUAUAAAUAUGAUUUCAUCAUCCAAUUCAGUUGGAGAAGAUUCCCCUUCCAACACAGUGGUAGCUGUGAUGAGUGUAAAUGAUCCCGAUUCUGAAGAAAAUGGGAAGGUGAGGUGUGUGAUUAACAAAAAUAUACCAUUUACAAUUAGAUCCACAUCCAGUAAUUUCUAUAGCCUUGUGACAGACAGUGAAUUAGACAGAGAGAGAGCCUCUGACUAUAAUAUAACAGUGACCUGCUCUGAUGAGGGAGUCCCCUCCCUCUCCAGCAGCGUCACUCUCACCUUACAGAUCUCUGAUGUGAAUGACAACGCGCCUGUCUUUGAGAGGAGCUCAUAUGAGGCCUACAUUGUAGAAAACAACACACCAGGCCUCUCUAUAUUCACAGUGAAAGCCAGAGACGCUGACUGGAACCAGAAUGCCCGUGUUUCUUACAUACUGGAGGACUCCUCUGUUAACGGAGUGCCAGUCUCCUCAUAUGUUUCCGUUAGUGCUGAUAGUGGAGUCAUCCAUGCAGUGCGCUCUUUUGACUACGAGCAGAUCAAAGAUUUCCACUUCCGCGUCAAAGCGAAAGAUGGAGGCUCUCCUCCACUCAGUAGCAAUGUGACUGUGAAAAUACUGAUCCAGGACCAGAACGACAACCCUCCUCAGGUUCUGUACCCAGUCCAGACUGGUGGCUCUCUGGUGGCUGAAAUGGUGCCUCGUUCAGCAGAUGUGGGCUAUCUGGUGACUAAAGUGGUGGCUGUUGAUGUGGACUCUGGACAGAAUGCCUGGCUCUCCUAUAAACUGCAGAAAGCCACAGACAGGGCGCUGUUUGAAGUGGGCUUACAGAAUGGAGAAAUAAGAACUAUCCGCCAAGUCACUGAUAAAGAUGCAGUGAAACAAAGACUGACUGUUAUAGUGGAGGACAACGGGCAGCCCUCUCGUUCAGCUACAGUCAUUGUUAACGUGGCGGUGGCGGACAGCUUCCCUGAAGUGCUGUCGGAGUUCACUGACUUUACACACGACAAGGAGUACAAUGACAACCUGACUUUUUACUUAGUGUUGGCUCUGGCUGUAGUUUCCUUCCUCUUCAUCACGUGUUUAGUGGUUAUUAUAUCCGUGAAAAUCUACAGAUGGAGACAGUCUCGCAUCCUGUAUCACUCCAAUCUCCCUGUGAUUCCAUAUUAUCCACCACGUUACUCAGACACUUUGGGGACAGGGACUCUCCAACACGUGUACAACUACGAGGUGUGCAGGACGACUGACUCCAGAAAGAGUGACUGUAAGUUCGGCAGAGCUGGUAGUCAGAACGUGCUGAUAAUGGACCCCAGUUCUACAGGGACGAUGCAGCGGAUACAGAAUGAAAAGAGCAUCCUGGAUGAACCAGACUCUCCUCUAGAGGUUAGAAAGAUGUUACAUCACACAUGCUUUGCCGCAUUACUUGUCAUUAUCCCACUGUUACAGCAUUUUGAUUAAUUCAUUUAGUAAUUUUUCAGCACCUUGGAGAGCAUUAUGAGGGAUUUAUACUUUCAUGUUACUCCAAAUGGUCAGUAUUUAUCCCCUUCCUUUGAAUAUUAUUGAUUUUUGUAAAAAAAGAUUUUUUCCACCCAUUUUAAUUAUAUUCUGAUAAAAAAAAAAAAUUAACUGUGUCUUCAUAGUACAACAAUUUAAUCCCCGCCUUCGUAAGUUAUUUCCUCAUCUUUUUAUACCUGUCUCAUCUCACAACAUAGAUUAUAUUUCUGCAGUUUUGCUUUGUGAACUCAUUGGGCCGCUGUUGCCUAGUCUUUUGCAGUUGUAGUAUAUUUACAGCAGUACCGCCUCUCCAUUUCGAUGUAUUAGAGAGAAAGGGCAGGCACAGACCGCAUUGUCUUCCGUAAAGUGGCCGAUAUACACGACGAGGCACAGCUGUCUUUAUUUCUCUCAUAAUUUGAGGACUACUUUUGCCUCUUUUUUGUUUUACUGCCUUUGACAUCUUUCUAACGGAUUUUACGAGGUUGAUUUUCUUUCUUGCCUUGACAAUUCAAAA